CAAAAUUAUUAUCUAAAAUAAUUGAAAAAGACACAAAAAUAAAACUGGUUCACAAUUUCUCCUUUACGUCUCCGGAGCAGUUUCCAAAUUCCUAUCUAAUUUUCAUCUGAAUUCGUUAAUAAUUCGGUUUCAAUUCUAUUUAGUUUCAACUUUCUUUGGAUUACGUUGUGAUUUCAUUGCUAGAUCGUAAUAGAUUGGUGGCAUUUAUGUGAAUUUUGGAUUAUAUACAUUAAAUUAUGGGGCUGGGCGAUGCCGAUCUUCUCGACGACGGCGACAGUGGUUGCAAGGCGUCAGAUGCAAUCGUGCCAUGCUCGAUUUGCUUGGAUGUGGUGACGGAUGCCGGCGUCAGAUCCUGGGCGAAGCUUCAAUGCGGCCAUCAAUUUCAUCUCGAUUGCAUAGGCUCUGCGUUUAACGUAAAGGGAGCAAUGCAGUGCCCUAACUGCCGGAAAAUUGAGAAAGGACAAUGGCUCUAUGCAAAUGGUGGUCGUCAGUUGCCUGAGUUUAGCACAGAUGAUUGGGCACAUGACGAGGAUCUGUAUGAUCUAAAUUAUUCUGAAAUGACGUUUGGAGUACACUGGUGUCCUUUCAGUGGUUUAACUAGGCUUCCAUCAUCUUUUGAUGAAGGAGAAUUUCCAUCAAGUGCGUACCACGAUCAUGUUGGACACCAUGCUCACUUUGUGGAACAUGGACCCACGUCCUCUACAACUCAUCCGUGUCCAUAUAUUGCUUAUUUUGGGACAACUUCAACAUCCAGUGGGAAUGUAUCUGAUGGGUCCAAUUUUAGUAAUCAUUGGAGUGGGCUGUCUGCUCCAAGUGAAGUACGGAACUCGUAUGCUUCCCCUUCAGUGGAUGCCCAUUAUCACAACAAUUGGGACCACCCUUCUCAUGUUGCUGCAACCAACCGAAUUGGUAGUGCAGAUCAACCACCUAUUCCAUCCGUCAGACAUGGAAUGCAUCCUUUCGUCGUUGGUCACAGCGCCGCUAGUAGAGCUAUCACCUCAUCAGUGCUUCCACCGUACCCUGGUACAGUUGCUCGGCCCCGUGACCGUCCUCCACUUCAAGCUCAUUUCCAGCAAUCCAGUAGUGCACGUGGCUCACUUGUUUCUACCGGACGUAGAUCUGCCAGCCAUAGGGGUUUGCAUCAAGUUUCCCCAGUAGCCUCAUCAUCGGAUGGAUUUUACUUCUUUUCAUCGAACCCAUCUGGAAUAAGUUUUCAAGAUGCUGAACAUCCCCCACGCAACCACUUUCAGGGUUGGGAGCGCGAGCAGCAGGCAGGCUUCCCUGUGAGCCAGGUUGAUAGGGAUUCAAUCUGGGCACCUUUCCAUCACCCUUCAUCCAAUUAUGGUGUUAGACCGAGGCAGAGGCAUGGGUCUGAGAGGAUGCCAUCGCAAAAUCGAACAUAAGUGUUAAAUCAUGUUGCGGUAAAACUUUGAUGCCUGUGGCUCACAACUAAGAACUGAGAACCCGAAUCGUAUAUGAUUGAGCUACAGUCUUAUAAUGUGUAGACUUAUGGGUGCAAAUAUUUGUGUGAUGGUGGUGGGAUUUGGCUUGCUCUUGUUUCUUAGCCAUUGGGGUAAAUAACACCAUGUUCUUGAAUCAUUUGGGAUUUUAACAUACUAAUUGUGGCAACGAUCACAAACCUUUAUGGAAUUAUCAAGUUAUGGUUUAA